GUUCAUGGUUUAGGUGUAGAAAAAGAAUUGUGUUUGUGCGCUGCUGCUGCUGCUGCUGCUACGAGCGAUGCUGCUGCUUGUCUUUGACGAUGAGAACCUAUCUGCCUGUCGCCGUCUUUGUGGUUGUGGUUGUGGUUGUCGCUUUGUCCGACUUGCUGUACCUAAGGCACCUACUGUACGCCCGAGGCACGGAAACGGUACACAUACAGGGCACAAACAACAAGGCUCGCAAACACGACACACAAGAAGAAGCCAGCUAGCCUCAUCACUCAGUCCCCCUCCCUCCCUUCCUCAACCAGACUCAGACUCAGGCUCUCACUGCCCGUCCA